CCAGCAGCAGCAGAAGGAGCAUCCUAUAGGCUAAUCAGUUGGUAGUUUCAAUCCAGCCUCAGCAUCCUCCCCCUCCCCAGAAGAGGACAGCCAGCAGCCGGUGCGUUGUUCGAGGUGUGUGUGUGUUUGUGUGUGUGUGUGGUUUUUUUUUCCCCCCCUCUUUCUGCCCGCUACCAUGGUGGAAAUGACGGAUAUCGUGUGCCUUCUCGUCCCGCUGCUGAUGCUCCCGGGCUCUGCCCUCCAGAGCGACGCGAAGAGCGUCAAAGAGGCGGAAAAGACGGGGAAUUUCAUGGAAGACGAGCAGUGGCUGUCCACCAUUUCACAGUACAGCCGCAAGAUCAAGCACUGGAAUCGCUUCAGAGACGAGGUAGAGGAUGAUUACGUCCGUACCUGGGAUGAAAAUCAAGGUUCCAAUGACAAUGUAGACACCACCAAGGACCCCUGUCAAAAGGUUAAGUGCAGCCGACACAAGGUGUGCAUCGCCCAGGGCUACCAGAGAGCUGUAUGCGUCAACCGCAAGAAGCUCGAACACAGACUGAAGCAGCCGGCUCUCAGGUCUCCUGAUGGAAACUGUCAGCCCUGUCCCAUCUCCUCCUCCGGGCCUGUGUGUGGGUCAGACGGACACAACUACGCCUCGAAGUGCAAGCUGGAGCAGCAGGCGUGUCUUACAGGGAAGGAUCUCACCCUGAAGUGUUCAGGUCUGUGUCCUUGUCCAACUGCCGCCCCGACAUCCAAGGAGAGUAAACAUGAGGGCUGCACCGGACAGGAUCUGGCUGAUCUCGGGGAGCGUCUGAGGGACUGGUUCCAGCUUCUGCAGACCAACGCCAAGCAGAACAACAAUAGCAAGUCCGGGGCCAGAAGCACCGCAGCCAGCACCACAUCAGUGCUGGACAGGAGCCUGGUGGCCAGCUGUAAGGACUCCAUAGGCUGGAUGUUUUCCAAGCUGGACACCAAUAGUGACCUGUACCUGGACCAAGCUGAGCUGGCUGCCAUCAACCUGGACAAGUACGAGGUGUGCAUCCGGCCCUUCUUCAACUCCUGCGACUCCUACAGGGACGGCAAGGUGUCCACUGCCGAGUGGUGCCUCUGCUUCUGGAGAGAGAAGCCCCCUUGCCUGGCUGAACUCGAGAGGAUCCAAGUUAAAGACGGCGGCAAGAGAAAGUUUGGUCGAUUCAUCCCCAGCUGUGAUGAGGACGGCUACUACAGGAAGCAGCAGUGCGACAGGGGAGAGUGCUGGUGCGUUGACCAAAACGGGGGAGAAGUGGCCGGAUCGAGGAUUCGUGGCAAGCCAGACUGCGAUGAUGAAAUGGCAUAUUCAGGAGAUUUCGGCAGUGGGGUCGGAUGGGAGGACGAGGAAGAGAAAGAAGCUGAGGAGACUGCAGAGGAGGCUGAGGAGGAAGAGGGAGAGGUGGGAGAGGUGGAUGAUGGGGGAUAUAUCUGGUAACCAGUCCAGCGUCUAAACAGGAGCAUCUUGAUGGUCCCACAUACACAAACACACACAUAGACACACACACACACACAAACACAGACAAAUCCUUCAAAGAGAUGGACGCGGUGAAGCUCUCACACUCAGAACAACACUGGAAAAAGCGAGGGAGAGGGAUGCACGGGUUGGGAGAGGGAGGAUGCAUAUGUAAUCGGGGUAUUUAAUGUUACAGGAUGUUCUUAAAAAGGGUAGGGGAAGGGGGGAAAUAUCACUAUUAGGAAAUGUUGGGUCUGGAGUCAAGAUUUUUGCCCCCCCCCCAUACUUGUGAAUCUUUGUUCUCUUCUGUUGUCUGUCCUUUGAACCAUCUUUGAGCAGUUUUUAGCUGAUGCAUAACUGAGACUUUGAGCAGUGGCAGGUGCUUGUCAUGUGCUUGCAUAAAAAAAAUAUAUAUAUAUAUAUAUGGAGAAAGAUUGGGUGCAUUUCAGUAGUCUAAAUUGGCCCUCUUUCAUCUUUUCCCUCUGCGGAUCAACAACAUUUAGAUAACCAGUUUCGGUUUUAGGCAGGAAACUGGGGGUAAAGAGAGGAAGCCUCGUGAGAGUAUUGAAAAGCACCCAUUUACUUUUUUGUGUCAUACGCUUUGGCUCAUAUGUGACAGUAGUGCUCUGUCUCAUUCAUGACUUAUAAAAGAAAAAAAUGAAUAAAAAAAAAAGGUUUCUCACGCGUCACUCUUUAGCUUGUAUAUAAUGUGUGUAUCAGAAGACAGAUUGUCACAUAUUAGUCCCGUUAUCAAUGCCUCGACUAGCGGAGUAUACUGCUCAGUUGAAAAGUGUACAUCGUAUCAUAAUGUGAAUCAAUUAUUGUGUUUAAUAAAAAAAAAUAAAAUAAACUGGUCUAAGUGGCCCAGCUGGCCACCGUA